AUGCUGUUACCGCACUCCGCACUCACUGCACUCUCUUCUGCACUCUUCUGCUGGCGCAGGCUGGCCGGCUACAAGUUCUGCUACGUCCAGCAACGGGUGAUCCCCCGCUCCCAGGAAGGCAUCGGGUCCUGGAUCGGCAUCUUGAACUUUGUGGCCUACAUGGGCGUUACCGUCACCUGCUACAUAGCUAUCUUCAUCUUCCACGACUUGCAUUCGGCAAGCCAUUUCCAGCUGCUCCUGACUUUCGUCAUCGCCGAGCGCGCCGUGGGCAUCUUCAAGUUCGCGAUCGAGGCCUUCCUCUCUUCCAAGUCCGUGGCGCAGCAGCGCAUCGAGGAGUACAACGAGGAUGUCUUGGAUGCCGUGCUGUCCAAGGACACCGCGGAGGUGGCGGUGCCCAAGGGAAAGCGAGCACAUCUCCAGAACGGUUCCGCUUCCGCCGCUUCCGGCCCCUGA